GAUAUUUAUGGAAACAGAAAAAGUAAAUAUAUGGUUAGACUGUGAUGUUGGAAAUGAUGAUGCUAUGGCAGUUCUUUUAUCAUUGUUUCAUCCAAAGUCAAAUCUACUUGGAAUUUCUACAUGUUUUGGAAACACAAGGUAAUAGUGAGAGUGUAAAAGUAGUCUUGAGAACUGUACAAAUAAUACAAUUAGAUUGCUUAGUACUGUAGGAAGAACAGAUGUACCAGUUUAUAAAGGAGCAGAGUUUUCAUUAAAAUCUACAAGAGCCACCACUAAAAUGCAUGGAAAUUAAGGUAUAUGAAUUAGAUAAAUCAUUUUAAGGAUUGUAUUCAACAGAUAAGUUGAUUUCUUCUUUUGAACCUAUAACUGAAGGAGAUUUAUAUGAUUUGAUAAAAAAGACUGCUGAAGAUAAACAGGUAUUAAGAUAUGAAUAAAUUAGUUUGUAAUAGUCAUAACUGGUCCAUAGACAAAUAUUGCUAAAUUAUUGAGAGAUCAUGAAGACAUAAUUUCUUAAAUUAAAGAGAUUGUUUUUAUGGGUGGAACAUCAGGAUUUGGAAAUGUUACUCCAAACUCAGAAUACAAUAUCUAUUCAGAUCCUGAAGCUGCUUAGUUUAUAAUUGAUACAUGCAAAUAACAUAAACUUAAAUUAGUAAUGAUUUCAUUAGAUUUAACUUACGUAAUAUUUUUUAUAAUUAUUUUAAAUUAGACAUGUUAAUUACUUGAACCUCUCUAAUAAAGAAUUAAAAAUAUUAAUACUAAAUUUUCAGAUUGGUGUUUAGAAAUGCUUAAAGAAUAUUAAGCAGCUUAUAAAGCACAAGAAUUUGAUUAUCCUCCUAUUCAUGAUCGUAAAUAUUAUAUUUUAUUAUUUUAUAGCUGUUGCUGUAUUUUAUGCACUACAUCCUGAGAUGUAUAUACUAAAACCAGUUUAUUGUGCAGUUGAUUGUGAAUCUAAAUUAUGUUACGGAAGAACUGUUAUUGAUAAAAAGGGAGUUUAUGGUCUAGAACCAACAAUAUAAUAUGCAAGAAAAGUAAUUGUUAAUGAAUUUUGGAAUCAUAUGAUAUAAGCAAUUUAAGUAGCAGCAAAGAAUUCAAAAAUUGAAUGA